UAAGUUAUAAAUUUGAAUAACUUUUUGUAAAUGCCAGUGUUUGUAAUAAUAAUUUAUAUUUUAAAACGACUGAGCAGUUUUGUAGUACUUAUUAAAUUAUCAUUAGCAUGCUGAUGUGUUAUUUUACUUCUAUUCGGUACUCGGUAUUUUUAGGUUAGGUUUUCGAGAAGCUUUGAAUGACAAAGUUCAGAGCUUAGGCUUCAUUCGAGAUUGAAUGCAAUAAGCAUGUAAAUACCAGCACUUAAGUCGAAGCUACAUUUGCACACAACAUGAAACAUUACAACAUUUUUUCCUUAGUUUAUGUCUGUUGAAAUUUUAAGUUCGAACAUUGAAAUUCUUUCAGUUUUUGUUAGAGUGUAUAGCAGUUUUUUUUUUAACCUAUGUACAAGCAUUCAAUUUCAUUUUGUUAUAAUGGCUGUAUUGAUAGUCAAAAUGAAGCAUUGCCUCAAAAUAAAUACAAUAUUCAAAUAAAUUAAGUUUUCUAAUCUUUCCAAUGCAUAUAUCAAAAAUUUUUAGCUUUUCUAUAGGCUACUACUGACGUAGUGUAUGCUCAUUAGCAGCGAACAGAAAUAUUCACGCACCACAAAGAAGAGUUAGAAGUUCAAAAACUUUCAGUGUGCCGUGCAGAUGCUAUUUUUCCGUGGGUGUGCUGUUUUCUUAUGUUGCAGCUGCUAUCUGUGUACGUUCAACUUCAGUGCCUGUGUCCAGUGCACGUGCUGUUGCAAAAGUAGCUUAGCCUUAAGGCCGAUUCACAGUGCGCAGUCUACAGUUGGAAGUUGCUAGUUGGCAGUCAGCAGUCUGAUGAAGUUUACAAACAACAGUUCACGUUCUGCCAUAUUGUUCUGAAGAAGUGUCUGAUGUAGAAGGAAUUGCUGAAGAUAUUUCUCCUGAAGUUGAAUGACUGGCUAAAGAAAUCAGUGUGUCUGCAGUAGACUGUGCGGCAGAAGUUUCUUCAUAUUCUGAUGGUGAUUCUUCUUCACUGGUUUUGUUAUCAAAAUCACUAUUGAGGAUCAGUUGAAGAGCCUCCUCUAAACUAUAUUUUUUCUUUAACAUAAAAAAAUAAAUAAAAAAAUUAUAUAAAUGAGCAGGUGAGACGCAAAACUGCCCUUUUCCAUAAAUUGAAAAAAUCACGUUUCCAUAGAAUUUGUAAAGUAAGAGUUCCCCUUCAUGUAUAGACAAUAUUGUUGUGUUUCUAAAGUCUUCUUUUCCCACGAUAAUUGUGAGUUGAAGAAUGUAGUUCGUUGCAAAACUCUCCUAUUCCAAGUGCCAGUAAGUUACAUAACUGUACUUUUCCAGUUUCUUACAAUUUGUUUCAAAACUGUCUUUAUCCUACAUGGUUUAACAUUAUGUAUGAAAACCAUCUGUAAUAAUGCUUAUAUGUUUCUAUGACAAAUGUAUAAAACAAUUUAUAAUUCUUUUUUCUUUCUAUAAUGUGUGUUUUAAUAUAUUGCAGUUGGUUGCCCUUUAUGUGCAUAUCUGUGGAAAUAAUAACUAGCCUUGAUGUUUACUUUGUUACCUUUUUGUGUUUUUGUGGGAAUAACUAAACGAAUCAUUGUUCUUGCCUGUGAUGGAUAAUUCAGAACAUUUUAGUAACGUGAUUGAAGUUACUACUGAAAGGGGCAGGAAACGAAAUCGGCGAAAGGAAACAUGGACUCGAGAAAUAUCCAAACGAGAAAGGUAUACAUCAAAAUCACUGCCGAGAAAGCCGCAGUGUGGACAUGAUACGAAGACCUAUAAAUGUACAACUCUAGCCAUGCAAGAUAUCAGACGUUUCCAUCAGGCCUUUUAUGCUACGUCUCGUAAAACAUCUCAGGAUAGCUUUAUUUUGAAGUACACUUCCCAGAUGUCUCCAAAGAGGACUUCUCGGUCAAAAGUGGCAAACAGUUCCAGGAAAACAUCUUCAAACAAGUACUAUGUAAAAACUCUACACGGACCUGUACAGGUAUGUGCUACCACCUUCCUAUCUAUUUUAGGAAUAUCUCGAUACCGUGUGCAUAAUUUAUGUAGGAAACAUUUAAGCACUGGGUAUUCUCCAAAAGAAAAUAGAGGUGGUGAACGAUCAAAUAAAAUAUAUGAGGCAAAGAGAAAUGCAGUUUGUGAGUUUAUUAAGAAAUUACAACCAGUUGAAGAACAUUACACCAAGAACAAAACUAAAUGUCAGUAUCUUGAGUGUGAUUUAAGUAUGAAAAAACUAUGGAGGAUUUAUAAUGGAUCUAAUGAUAGUGAAUUUAAGGUUAAGUAUAGUCUGUUCAGACACAUCUUCCAAUACAACUUUAACAUAAGUUUCAAGACCCCCAGAACCGAUGCUUGUUCUACAUGCCUUCAACUCACAAAUCAGAUGAAGGCUGCUACCACAGGCAGUGAGGAAAAGUUUGAUUUAAUGGUGAAAUUAAGGGUUCAUAAACUAAAAGCCUCUGCAUUUUAUUCUCAGAUUAAGGAAAGGCGUACUGAACGUACAGUGGUUUUUACUUACGACUGUCAAAAGAACUUAGUUUUACCUCGUGUUCCUGAUCAAGCUGCUUACUACAGCAGACAGAUGUUUAUGUAUAAUUUUACUAUGUGUAGAGGACAUUCCAAAGCACCUCAGAAUAAGGACACGGUCACAAUGUAUGCAUGGCUAGAAAAUGAACGUUUAAAGGGAUCUAAUGAAAUUGCUUCAGCAAUUAUUGACACAUUAAGAACUGCAGAUCUUUCUGAUGGUGACAUAGAAUGUAUUCAACUGUGCUCCGAUGGCUGCCCGGGCCAGAAUAAAAAUAGUAUUGUCAUUGGGGUUGUUAUGAAGUGGUUGGGAGGAUAGAAAAAGUGAUAAGGAGUAGGGAAACAGUAAUAACACCAGAUGAAUACAUUGACAUUUUCAAGUCAUUCGGAACAGUCAAGAGACUUGGAAAGGAAGUAAGUACCUGUUUUUGACUGGAAAACUUCUGUGCGAAAUGUACUCAAGCCUACAUCACAGUGGCACUUUCGGUUAUCUAUGUGAAAGAGGAUAGUUCUAACAAAAAAUAAAAAUGGUGCAGUUCGUGUUAGAGGCGAAAUUAACUAUGAAACAGAUUGUUCAACUGUUUCAUCUAUCAUCAGAAGGGGCAUGGCUAUGGCCAAUAUUCAUCCAGAACCACUGUUACUCACAGUUCCUGUAAAAAAAGCAAAAUUGAAAGAUGUCAAUAAUCUUCUUUCUAAACAUUUUGGCGAGAACUGGCGAGACUUAGAACAUCUAGAAUACUACCGAAAUGUUAUUGAUGCUCAAGAAGAAGAUGAGCAUAGAGAUGCAAACGCAAUCGAAGAGUGUGCCAAUGUGGAUGAAGCAGAUGAUCCAAUGGUGUAGACUUUUACUCUUUCCAGAAUAUACAUUUCUGUUUUAUGUGAAACAUUUUGUACAUAGUACAUAAGUUUGUAAAUCUUACAAUAAAAACUAAACUGCCCUAUUACAAGGUGUUUUAAUAACAAAAAUAUUAUUUUUCGCUAGUUUGCUGCAAAACUUUCCUUUUCCAUAUUACAAACCCAAAUAACUCAGGGAGGUUUAUCCAGAUUUUUAAAAUAUUUCAUAAAUCAACUAAUAUUAUUGUACUCUUACUCCACAAAAAUUUAGCUGCAUAGAAAAUGUAAAUUACUCAAGUUACGAGUUUUUCCCAAUUCCUGAAAAAUCACUUCUGGUGGAUAAGGAUAGUUCUGCAUCUCACCUGCUCAAAUAUAUUUUUAUUAGUAUCCACGAUGCAUUUACGUGUACAUUCUCACUGCUCUUAAAAUAUACAGAAAAGACGAGUUUCUAAACACUCAAGGGGUUAGAAUAACUGGAUGUAAGGGUAAUGGAAAGGAAUGUGUAAAAAAAUUUAUUUAUGGCCAUCCUGCAGUCGUCACCCUAAAAGUGUCAUGCAGACAAUUGCCGAAGUCGUUUGUCAAAGCCCGGUGAUGCGCCAGCUCGUAAAAUACGCUCGGAAAAGAUUGUAGUGAAAUGGCUCAAAACUGAAAAUCAAUGCUAUGUAGCAUCUCCAGUAGUUAGACUCAUGAGACAUCCACUAGAAAGUACCAAGGUCGAGCUUCCACUUCAAUUCUCCAUAGCAAAGCAGAAAAAAGGGUAAGCUGUAUUUUGAACUACAGUUGCCAGGGGUUUGUUUCAUUAAUUUCCAUUGUGCUGAAUGGGAAUGUUAUGUAUGAAAUAAAUAUUUAACAAAAGUGAUGUUGCUUUUUUUGACAUGAAUUGAUGGAACAUCUUACUUGAUGGUCAAGCAGCCGAGCCAGAAAAAUUGCAACCCCAAAUAAAUUGUGACACCAAAUCGGGACAAACUCUGCCUUUUGUUUACAACCACUGGCUCACCUGACUCCGUAUCAAUAUCAGAAUCUUCAGAGAGCAUAGCCAUGUCCAUUUCCAAACAAUUGUCGUCUGCAUUUCUUGUCACUUUUGCGGAGAUGGCUGAGGCUCGCUCAAGCGCAAAUUUUGCACCUCGUUUGGGGGCUAGUUUUGCCCCACUGUCUUAUUUCUCUCGGCUAUUUUUUUGCCUUAUUCGAUACCUAUGAUACUCCUCUGCAUUUUUAAUUGCUUCUGCUCCAGUGAUUCCACUAGUUUUCUUUCUGUUCUCCAACAUAACCUGUUUGCGCUUAUUUGGUAAUUUUAUAGUUAUUCCACUCAACUAGUACCUCUCAGUGCACACUCAUAAGGAACUUAAAAGUUUAAAUCAUACAAAUUGGUCCAAUACUUUCGUAGUUACAGCCCUCACUGACUGCAAUUUGACGCUCCCCACCAAUGUUCAUUAUGUCAUCACUGCAAAUGUUAACCAGGUGAGUUAUACGUAACGGCGAUGAGCAAAGUCUGCUCUACUAAGAUAUAUUUUCUUCAACUGUGUAGCUUUCAUAGUUUACGAGUUUUAAGCGUUAUUGAAUCCUCAGUCGAAGUGACACCCAACCCGAGAUUAAAGACAUUCAUAUUCCUGUUGGAAAUUCCUGUAAACAAAAAAAAAAGAUAGCGGCCCGACUGCUGUCCGGCAUAGUCUAUAGCAUAGACUGCUAUAGGAGUUCACUGGUCAGUGGGACCAGCCAGGUCUCGACUGCUACACAAGUUGACCAUAAAGGGUUAACAUGUAUGACCAAGAAAGAUACCUUUUUUUAUUGUUAAUUUAGGGGAUGGGCGUAUCCAAAAAAAGUAAAUGAAUAUUUCAAAAUGCAAUUGGUUACUCAUUUAUAUAUUUCCCAAUCAUUCUCUAAAACAUUUCUGCAUAAUUUAAAGUCAUUUACUGGUAAUUUAGCAAUUUGUUAGCUAGUUUUAGCUGCAUUGAAUAUUCUACUUAAGUAUGUGUGAACAUCUGUUAGGUUAGUUGCAUUUUAAAUACUGUACAUAUAUGUGAUCAGUUAUUCAGGUUAUGAUAGCUACAUGAAUUAUGUAGUGCAUAUUAAUAUUGUAUUAAUUUCAUUUUAUUAUUGUAGCUGACCUAACCCAACAAACAUUUUUUUUUGCAAGAGUCUGUAACACUUGCGAAAAUCUAUAAUCUCUGAAUCAUAAAUAAAUGAAAUCCAACACCAAUAUCAAUACUACAAAAUAGGAAUAAACAAUAAAUAACUCACCUUCAUGAUGACUUAAAACUGCUUUCAACAUACAGUACAUAAGUUUAUAUGAAUAAAAUAAAAUUUCAGAUUUACAGUAGUCAAAGUUAGGAAUGCAAGCCGUGCUUAUGAAAAUUGAAAUUUUUUUUACAAUACUGGUGUCACUUGAUGUACAUACCUGAAGUAGGCCUACUUUAAGUUCUUUAUCAAUGUAAUGUAUGAAGAAGCUGAUUCCAUUUUGACCAUUUUGAUGUAAUUUUUCUCUCAUGAAUGUCAGUUUAUAACGCAUUUUCCAACCUGAGUCUCAAGUUCCGGAACAUCAACAGUGCAAAGAAUGUUGACUAAUGGCAACCAGUAUGAAUCUUUCUGGCCAUAAUCAUGAUGUUCUGGCCAGUAACAUAAUUUAGCUGGCCAGUGAGGAUGCAUAAACUUAAUCAUUGCAUCAUUAUUUUUCAAGCACUAACCUAAUAUAAAACUUAUCAUCAUAAACUGAACACACAUACGAAUUGUUUUUAAAUUUUGAGGCUCUCCGUUUUUUCAGUCAAAGAGUACUCUAAUGAAAAAUUCUCAUUAGCGCUAAUUCACAUAGCUGCUAUAAUAGUUUUAGAUAGUGGGAUGACAUAGUGCAAGGACCUUGUUCCAGGCACAGUUGUGAACUCUGAGAAACACUUGUUAAGCUUUUUUCUUCCACUGCGUGAACGUCGUCAUCGUCUUUGAUCAGCUGAAACUUAAUUUUAGUAAAUUGUUCAUUGCAAAAUUGAAACAUCUGCUCAGUUGUCAAAAUUUGAUCUCUAUACGGUCUUUGCAAGCUCACUCUAGAUACUGUCCUUUUAACACAUCCUCCAGCAUCAUUUCAAGCUGUUUUACCAUGACUUGUUGCAUGAAAGGUCCAAGAAGCUUUUGAAUAAAAAAUUUACAUGUGAUAGCAGAUGUUGACGAAACUUUUAAAAUUCUUGUAUUGUGCUGCACUACCUUUGUGAUAUACUCCACUUGAUUAAUGUUAGGAAUUCUUCAUGAAUUAGUAAGCUCAAUCUUCUUUGAACCUCAUAUACAAAGAGAACAUCACGGUUUAGGUUAUCUGAGAUAAAGCACAAACAUAUAUUAAAUUUUUCUCCAUUCUUUUUUGAAGUACAGAAUUACUGGAUGGAAUGUGCAAGCAGGACACGCCCAAUGAUAUCACUUAAUUCCAUCUUGGAUAACAAAAGAAUAGUUUUCUGAAAAGUCCAUGAAAACUAGUAUUUCAUUUGGGAGAAUGUUUUCUUUCCUCUGUUUCACAUAGUUUGACUGCUGUUUAUAAACGAAUGAGUGUGGUAUUAAAGCCACAAGUUUCUUCAAAAGCAGAUCAAUAUACUCAAAUAAAGGACCAAUGUUUUUAAAAGGCUGCGAUCAGUAGUUACCUAUUGUGAAAACUGAAUUUCAUCUUCAUUCGAAAAAAUCAGUAAAAAUGUUUCUGGUGUAUUGUUAUGGGGAGAAUUGGGUUCGUAAGGGAUAGUCCAAUAUAGUUUUCCAGUUAAGUUUUAUUAUAAUAAUUGUACUUAAAAAUGUCUGAUCACCAAUCACUGGCACUUAAAUAUGUUUAUUCGCAAGUCACUCAAUGUCUGUCAAUUUCCACAGCUUGCACUCCUCACUGGAUCUAGGCUCAACAGUGGUUUGCCCCUUACCUCGUGCCUGUCCACACACAUACUCUCGCGCCACUCAGUCGCACUCUCUCGAUCCUGUUGCUCUGCGUCGCGCCACUCUCGAGGGGGUCUCUCCCCCUCUUUGCCAAUGUCGGACUUCCCUUCACUCGCAGAACUCUCCGAACUCUUGGAACUCGUUGGGAACUGGCUCAGAACUCUCACGGCACUCCCGCAGAGACCGGCGUCACUGUUAAGUACCUGUGGCGCCCUUCUUGAGCCGAUGAGAGCGGCUGUGACAUGUCGCGUCAUCCUGGGCCGACCGGACGCCCGAAAAGUCCAGAAAGGUGGCACUCGUUCAUGCCACUCCGAGCGGCGGCUUGUAGAAUUCCCAAGGCCGCUCAGCGAUAGAUAACAGCCCUGAGGAAGAACAAUGUGCGGGGAGUGGAGGAGGGUAGCGAUGACCCUUGUAAUCUGGCGAGGCACGUGUGGCAUGCCUUACGUCAGUGGACGGCAUAUGACAUGGUGCGUGCUGCCAGUGGCCAUGCAGGGCAACCAGCCAGCUCCGAACCUUGCAUCGUGGUCUAGUCUCUUGCGUUCGUAACAGUAUUAUUGUACUUUUUCAGAAUUUGGACAGUUAGGACAUAUUCUUAACAUGCAAUCAUUGUUUUCACUAUCACCUACCAGUAAAUUGAUAAGGUCCUUAGCUUUGAUAUUUCUAAAUUCAUAGCACUUAAAAGGAUUGGAUUCUGGUGUAUUGAGCAAACACAGACUGAAUGUGUACCUGUCUGACCAUCUGUGACGCACCAUUUCAGCCGCAGCUCACAGAAUUUAGAAAAUCUUACUUUAUCAUUAGGAAAUUUCUCUCUGUAUGCUGUGUGUAGUUCCUUAAGAUUGCAGAGUAUUAGGCACGUGUGUUCAUAAAUAUUUUUCUAUACACUAACCUUAUCUUCGGCACCUGGCAUUAGUCUGCGAUUUUCAUCUGAUUGAUAAAAAUUGGUAACGUUUUCAACCACUUAAGCAGAAAUUUUUUAACCUUGCAAAGGCUCAGGAUAUGAAAGAAUUCCUUUUUCUUUCACAAACUGGCUUGAUAUUCUUGCUGUGUACUCGGAAACAUUGAAUUCUGUUUAAAUUUUCUUUUGUGACCAGGAAUUUGAUGCAACAUAUAAAAUGUAUUUAACUUCUCCCUUAUGGAUGUUGCAUCUUUCAAUUUUUCAUUCAUCUGAGUGAUUAGAAAAUUUAAGUCACUUGCAUUCAUGUUAAUAACUUACUGUUCAGGUAAGUCUUCAUCAGUACUUCCUUCAGACUGCAAUUUUAUCUUCUGGUAGCUUCAAAACUGCUGCUACUUUUGCUUUCAUUUUACUUUUGACUUCAACUAUCUUUCUUUUACCAUACACUAAUUUUUAACGGUUUGAAAGUCCUAUUAGUUUUAAGGGUGAUACUUGAAGAGAGCUCAUGCUUAAAAUAAAUCUUCCUUUUCGAAUGGUCUAGUGUCACUAAGGUCAUCCAUCGUAGGUGUAAGCUUGUGAUGUUAAUUUUACACUUUGUGACGGCGAGUUUUAACUUUUAUUGCAUAGUAGCAGAGGUUGCAUCUUGUACUAAUCUUAGUAUCACUGCGCAUGCGCAACUAUAGGGUGUACAAGAGCACAAUUAACACAAUAAACAUACACUGUACCAUAAACAAGUACAUUAAAUAUUUCACACCCCCUCUCAAUUUCAAGUCCUCAGCAAGAUUCACCAAUAAAUUUUGUCUUCUGUAGUUAUUACUCA